UUUCCUUUAUGACUGUACAGAAGAGAACCACUAAGAAAUGAUACUUGAAGUUAUAUUUAUUAUUGUAAGAGGGGUAUGAGAUUUCUAGGCAGGAAUGAUGGAUGACAGCUUAAAUUUGUGUCCAGGGAAUGAAGGUGAACUGUGACAGAGUUAUUUAUCUUGGGAAUGGAGGUUAGGGUCAGCCCAGGCUGGGUGCCUGAAGGCACAAGACAUUGACAAAUUUAUCCUGCAGGCCGUAUCUGAAGCCCUUUGUUUUGGAUCCCGGCUUCUCAAUAAGUGACCCUCAUCCUUCAUGUUGGCAAUUCGUGAAGGAUGCCGUCACUGGAAGGACUGAGCGCAUUCAGGAGCCUGGAGGAACUCAUCUUAGACAACAAUCUACUCGGUGAUGACCUCGUGUUGCCACGGUUACCCCACUUGCACACCUUAACCCUCAACAAGAACGAAAUAUCUGAUUUGGAGAAUCUCCUUGAUCACCUGGCAAAAGUGACACCUGCCCUGGAGUACCUAAGCCUGCUGGGAAACGUAGCAUGUCCCAAUGAGCUGGUCAGCUUGGAGAAGGAUGAGGAUGACUAUAAGAGAUACAGGUGCUUUGUUCUGCACAAGUUGCCAAAUUUGAAGUUUCUGGAUGCCCAGAAAGUCACCAGGCAAGAACGGGAGGAGGCUUUGGUCAGAGGGGCCUUCAUGAAGGUAGUGAAGCCCAAGGCUCCCAGUGGAGAUGAAGCUGCCUUUCCAGAGAGCCACCUUCAGUAUACACCCCUGCCUUCUGCAUCUAGAGAGCUCACCAGUCACCGAGGUGUCCUGGGGAAAGGUCGCUAUUUUUACUAUGGAAGAAACUCAGAGGGUAAUAGGUUCAUCCGAGAUGACCAGCUUUGAAUGUAACCUCUACAUGCCUUAGCUUAUUUUGUGACAAUAAAAUGGAAAGGCAAGAAAAAACACAGCUCACAUUGUGUCU